AUGAGCUCCAGCGAAGAAGAUAAUGUCGAAGUAAAGCCUGUAAGUUUGUUUUUGCAGUUGAGUUGGAUUGUUUUUAGUUUAUUUUGAGAGUUGAUUUAUAUUGUUCUUCAUGAAUUUUGAUUGUAGGAUCCCAGCUCAGAAGAAGAAGGUUCUGACCAGGAGAAAAGUGCUCCUUCAUCGCCAGCACCAGCCAGAAAGCGAAAAGUAAGAGAUUUUACUUUGUUGUCUUUGUUUUUAGAGAGAGUUUUAUUGGAAUAUGAAGAAGGCGGCAUGUGUAAUAUAGAUUGGUCAUAAAUCUUAAAUUUUUUUUGGUUUAGUGGAUAAUCUUUGAUGUCUAAAGGAAGAUUUCUGUUCAGGCUAGCUUUUGAAUAGAAAUUUUUGAAAAACGGCAGCUAGAAUUUUGUGGUUUUCUAGAUUCUAAAAACUUUGGUUAACCAAAAUUUUUGAGAGCUUUGUAAAUACGCAUGAAGGUGGUAACUUCUAUGUUUUGAGCGAGAUUAUGACUUUGUUCAGCUAUUACACUCCGUGGUGAAUCUAAAUUUUACUAUGGAAUACCUGAAAUUCGCCACUUUAUCUUGUUUAUUACAGAUUGAGAGUGACGAUGACAGCGACGCAAAUGAAAGUGGAAAAGAGGACGAAGCCGAAGAGCCAACACCAAAAAAGAAGACCAAAUUUGUCAGAGACUCUUCGGACGAAAGUGAUGAGGAGGAAGAGGAGGACGACGACGAUGAUGAGGAGGAGGAGGAGGAAGAAGAAGAGGAAAGGCCAAAGAAAUCCAAGAAAAAGAGAAGAAAGGUGAGUAAUUUUUUGAAUUUUGUUGUUUUUCGAAUUUUAGGCCACAUGUUACGUCUAAUUUUGUAGCGUCGAACAGUCCACGAUUUCAUCCAAGAUGAUGUCGAAGUUGAUGAUGAUGAAGAAGAGGAGGAAGUGCAAUAUUCAGAUGAGGAUAUUAACUUCGAUCCAAGUGAGAGACGACUUGCCGAGAAGGCCUUGCGAGAGCAAGAGGCUAUGGAACGGAAGAAACACGAUCAGAGAAAUAAAUUGGCGUAGGUUGCCUACUACAAUAUAAAUUUUCUUCGAAUUUUAGGAAAUUUUGCUUCAAAUAUGACUAAAAUAACUUUUAGCAAUAUGACAGAAGAAGAGAUGGCUCGCUACUUUGAAGAAAAACACGCCAUGGAGCGUCAGUCCAACUACUCCAGAGAUCAUGAUGCAUAUGAUGAAAUCACUCAAAACUCGUUGCUUCCGACCACCAGAGAUCCGAAUUUGUGGAUUGUCAAAGUCACUAGAAUCGGAGAGGAAAAGAUGGUGGUGUUGCAAAUGCUGAGAAAAUGUAUUGCAAUGGAAAAUUCGGGAAAUGUAAGAUUUUUUGAUUAUUCUUUCGGAUUUUAGGUCAGAAAAUGAUGAAGAUUGGAGAUAUUUGAACCGAUUUUUAUGUAGAAAGAAAGAACAUACUAUAUUUGGUAUUUUCAGCCUCUACACAUCUCAUCAAUCGUUUGCAAAGAAGGCCUAAAGGGCAUGUUGUACAUUGAAGCCCAUAAAAAAGCGAAUGUCGCUCGAUUAAUCGAAGGUGUCUCGGCGGUAAAUCAAUAUGAUAUCAAGGUAAGACCUCAUUGCAAAAUUCCGAAAAUUUUUAAUCUUGUUUGAGGAUAAUUUGAAGAAAUUUUGACAUCAAUUCUGCCAUGGAUAAUAUAAUGUUUUCAAAAAUUUUGUUUUUAGAUGGUCCCAAUCGAAGAAAUGGUGGAUACCCUGAAGGUUGUGAAGAAUAUACCACAAUUAAAGGUCAACGAUUAUUGUCGAUUGAAGAAAACGAUGUACAAAGGUGAUCUGGCCCAAGUGGAUUGGGUUGAUGUGGCUCAGAACAAGAUUUGUUUGAGAUUGGUACCAAGAAUUGAUUACAAAAAGAAACGAGGAGCUUUGAGGGUAAGGUUGAAGGGAUUUUUUGAGCAGUUUUGUGAUAAAAAUUAUAUUAUACAUGACAAAAAAAACUUUUUUGAAUUUUUGAAAUUUUUACCUAAAAUUUUUUCAGGAUAUGGAUGAUGAUGACGAGGAUGACGAAGUCUUCUCAUAUCGCAACGCUUUGUCCAAAAAGUCGGCCAAAAAUCGCCCACCAGCCAAACCGUUCGACGUGGAAAAGAUCAAAGCCCUGGGCGCGGAAGUCUCUCACGAUGGUGACUUUAUUAUCUGUGAGGGCCAACGUUUCCGACGCUUCUUGGUCUACAAAAUCUUCCCGCUGACUUCGGUCACAACCGAGAAUCUGAAUCCCACGGUGGAGGAGUUGAAGUACUUCCAGGACAAGCUCUCCACGGAUCCCGACUUUUUGAGGGAAAUUGCGAGGGCCAGAAUCAGCGACACUUUGUAUACUUUUGGCCCUGGGGAUUGGGUGGAAGUCUGUGAAGGAGAGUUGACGAAUUUGAGAGGAAAAGUGGUUUCUGUGGACAAAGAUGAGGUCAUUAUUUCCCCAGACCAUCAGGAUCUAAAGGUAAGGAGAAGAUUUGGAGUUUGAGGGAGAGUUUUGGAACUUGAAGAGGGGAAAUUGAUGUUUAAUGAGUGGGGGAGGGAUAGAGAAAGAGUAGUCGUGAAAUGAAGGGUCGAUUUUUUUAACAUAGACCAUAAGAGAAUGAGAUUUGUAAAAUACAAACGCAUAUUGUUGUCAUGGAUAAUAUAUGGGUCUUCUGGAUGGAUUUCAAUUUUAAAUUAAUGAUGAUGGAGGUUUAUUGAUAAAUUGAGGCUUGAUUUGAUGGUCUAAAGAGAUUUUAAGUCUUUUUAUGAAGAAGUUGUUGAGUUAUGACCAGUUUUGUUGGACUUGGUCAUCAGAUGUUUCAUGGUUAAUAUAAUUUUUUUUAACAAGGAAAGUACUUUUAUGGGGGCUCCUACUUUUUGACGGGACAUAUCUCAAAAAAUCAGAAAAAGUGUGCUGAUCAAGGAUAUAUAAAUCUUAGCUGCCCGUUUUAGGUUUUUAGGGGUGAAAACUUAAUCGGAAGUUGACUUAAAGUCCUAUAUGAACCCCUUUUCGCUUAACUUUUCACAGGUUUACAAUUUUUAUUUUGGUUUAAAAUGAUGUUUAUUGAGUUUCUAAGAUGUAAUAAACCAGUCUUGGCCCAAAAAUUUAUUUUUCCGACCUUCAACUUCAAAAAAAGUUGAUUCGGCCCAAAAGGGAAAUCGAACCCGUGCGGCGUUCUCCCUCUUGAUUCCCAGACUACGGCACUAGCCACUCGGCCACACCGCUCUCUUCCGAAGGAAGAGACCGACUGCGCUUUUUAUCGUUUCGAAUGCAUGCGCCUUUUGUAGGGAAAUUAAGCCAGUUUUUGGGCAUUUUCACCCCUAAAAGCCCAAAAUGGGCAGCUAAGAUUUAUAUAUCCUUGAUCAGCACAUUUUUUCUGAUUUUUUGAGGUAUGUCCCGUCAAAAAGUAGGAGCCCCCAUAAAAGUACUUUCCUUGUGAGGAAAGCAAAUUACUUCAAUUGAUUUUUAAAAUACGCGUUCUAUCAAUUUGAUGAUUAUACUAACAGAUUUUGCUAUCAAAAUGCAUUAAAAAUUUUCUGUCAGCAAUAUAUUACACAUGACCAUUUCAGCAAAACCUCAAAUUCAACGCAUCAGAACUGAAGAAGUACUUCAAACCCGGUGAUCAUGUUCGUGUCCUAGGUGGCCAACAUCAAGGCCUCACUGGAACAGUCGUCAAAGUGGAUGAGAAUGCGGUUGUCGUCCUGUCGGACCUUAAUUUAGAUGAGAUGAAGGUCCGACCCCACAACUUGAAACUGGACACACAAGUCUUCUCCGGCGUCGACCAAAUGGGACAAUUCCAGUUUCACGAUUUAGUCUCGUUGGAUGCGAACACGGUUGGAGUGAUUUUGAGGUUGGAAAAGGACUUUGCGGACGUGUUGACCAUGAAUAACACGGUUCAGAGAGUAAAGAGUGUGAGUAUUCAGCCGAGGAAGAAUGCCGAUAAAGGAAGAUGCAUGGACAGUGUGGGAAAUACGGUACAGAAGGGAGAUUUGGUCAAAGUCAGUGAAACUGCGAGAAUUGUAAGUAGGAAAUUGGUUUUGGGAAAUUGCACGGUGCGGAGAAAUUUGAGAGCGAUUUUUGCACGGUGCGGUGCAGAAAGGUGGAUGGUUUUGGGAUUGUGAAGGCGAUUGGGGAGUACUAGAUUUGUGGAAAAUAAUUUUUGCCCUGAGGGAAGUCUACCUGCACUGUGCGAAAGAGGUUAAAUUUUUUGCACCGUGCGGAAAUUAAAUAAUUAUUUUUAUGAACGGUGCGAAAGAAAAAAGACUUUUUAAAUUUUGAAAUGAAUAAGCAGCGUAUUUUACAAUGUGGUAAUGUGGUAUUAAGCCUCAUGGCAUGUUUUGGAACUGUGCAAAAAAAAUAAAAUUUUUGCCGCACAGUGCGAAAUUUUCUGUAUUUUUUCUAAUUGAAAAAUCAAAUAAUUUUGUUACAGAAAGGCUUCCGAGAAGGCGACGACAUCAUUGGCGAAGUGAAAUACGUAUUCCGUGCGUAUCUCUUCCUCCAUUCCAGAAAAUACAAAGAAAAUUCCGGGAUUUUUGUCGUCCGAAAGAACUUGGUGACCCUCCUCGGAGCCAAGAAUUCGAAUCAAAGCCUCAACGCCCCACUCUCAGUGAAUGGUCAGCUGAACGAAGACCUCCUCAAGUCCCCUCGCCAUCAUUCCCAGGUCACCAGCGAUCGAUCCAACGGCGGACAAACGCCCUCCGUCCAUUCGAGUCAAAUGUCGAGCCGAAACGGCGCUAUGACCCCCAGGGCAGGAGUGCCAAGCGCCUUCCGAGGCCAAGGACAACAGCCCCGCAGAGACACCACGCUGGUCGGGAAGACGGUCCGCGUCAUCAAAGGCCCCAUGAAGGGCUACUUUGGCAUCGUGAAGGACGCCACAGACUCCACCGUCCGCCUCGAACUUCACGCCAUGCCCAAGGUCAUCAACGUGGACCGAACCCGUGUAAUGCAAGUGGGCUCCAACGGCAACAUCCUCGACUCCUCCUCGAUGUCCGCAUUCGGCACACCGGCCGCCAGAACACCCACGGUCAUCGGCGGAAAAACCCCGAUUUAUGGCGCUGGAGCACAAACUCCCUUGUACGGCGCCGGCUCACAAACUCCCAUGCAUGACUCCAUUGGGUCGAGAACUCCCCAUUAUGGCGCAACCACACCCGCCUACGGCGACGGCGGUCGAACCCCCAAUUCGAACGCAUGGGAUCCCCAGAAUGUUACCGCGACUCCGGCACACACCACCUAUGAUGAUGAUGAUGAGAAGAAUGAUUAUUAUAGUGCGGCACAUACACCGGCAUACAGUCAUAGUGGAUGUAGGUUGGGGAAAAGGGUGGAGGGGGAAUUUGGAAGGGAAAGAGAAGGGUGGAAGGGAGUGGAGACCGAUUGUUUGGAGGUUUUUUUAGGAUUUUUUGCGAUUUUUUGAGGAUUUUGGGGAAUUUAGCUGGUUUUUUGGAAAUUUGUGGUAUAUAGGCAGAUUGUGGAGUAGUAGGGUAGUUUAGAGACUGUUGUAUUUGGAUGGUAAAAAAUUUUUGCAACACUCCGUGAAGCAUUUAAAUUCUGUAUUUUUGCAUUCUGUGUUUGCAGAAAUUCCACCGGAAACUUGGGUCACGUAUAAUAUAAAGAAAGUUCCGAAACAGUCUCCAAAAGCAAAAACCCGUUAAACGUGUACGUUCUGCUUGGCCAAUAAUCAUUCAGCUGUGAGAAAGUCUUCAGGGAGCAACAAUUUAGAAGGGUUUUGAUACAGUUUUUAUAUUAUUCUUGAGACCGGAUACCCAUGUGGCCGGAAAAUGGAUUCUUUCAACAUUCUUCAAUACAGGGUGUUUCAAAAAGUUUUGGCAAAUUUUUUGCUUAUAUCUUUGGGCUCUGCAGCUAUACAAGAAGUUUAAAUCGUAUUUAAAAUUCGAAGUUGUGCGUUUUUAGAAUACGCAAAAGAAUUUUUUCUUGUCUCGGCGGAGAGACCAUUCUUCGGCUGAGACAUUUGACGUCUUUUUUGAAAACCACACCUCGAUACAAAGCCCGGGCAUUUCUACUACGGAUGAAAUUAGAUUUGCCACAUCUGGCAGGACGUAAUCUGUUAGUCUCGGUAGCUUGGCGGAUGUUUCACACAUCGGCGAAGGCUUGGCGGAGACCUUUUCACCGGCGGGGGCCGUUUUGGGGACUUGGCGUCCUGCCAGAUGUGGUAACCCUAAUUUCAUCCAUAGUAGAAAUGUCAGGGCUUUGUAUGGAGGUGUGAUUUUCAAAAAAGACAUCAAAUGUCUCCGCCGAAAAAUGGUCUCUCCGCCGAGACAAGAAGAAAUUCUUUUGCAUAUUCUAAAAACGCACAACUUCGAAUUUUAAACACGAUUUAAACUUCUUGGAUAGCUGCAAAGAGCCCAAAGAUAUAAGCAAAUAAUUUGUCCAAAACUUUUUGAAACACCCUGUAUUGAAAAAUGUUGAAAAAAUCCAUUUUUUGGCCACGUGGGUAUCUGGUUUCAAGUAUAAUAUAAAAAAUGUGUCAAAAACUUUCUAAAUUGCUGUUUCCUGAAGACUUUCUCACAGCUGAAUGAUUAUUGGCCAAGCAGAACGUACACGUUUAACGGGUUUUUGCUUUUGGAGACUGUUUCGGAACUUUCUUUAUAUUAUACGUGACCCAAGUUUCCGGUGGAAUUUCUGCAAACGCAGAAUGCAAAAAUACAGAAUUUAAAUGCUUCGCGGAGUGUUGCAUGUAAUAUUCAGUAGGGCGGAAAGAACGGUGCACUAUAUAAGGGCAAAAUCGCCCGGUGCAGCCACCCAAAAACAGGUGGUUUCAAAGAGUAAUUGAGAUUUUUUUGAGAGUAUUGUUAAGAUUUUCAGUGGUUUAUUGAGUAGCAGAAGGUGGAGAAGACUGAAAUAGGAGGAAUGAUACGAGGAAUUGCCGGUUUGAGGACUUGAACUUUAAGUUUUGAGGAGAUUUUAUAUUGAUUUAGGUAAAGUAAGGUGGGAAAAGGUGGGAUUUAGGGGUACAAAGGGAUGAGAUUGAAGGGAUAGGGGUUAAAAAUGAUAUAAAGAGUGAUGGAAUUAUCGACACGGGGGAUUUGGAUGUCUGGGAUAUUGAUUUAGGUGGUAUAAGGUAUUAUAAUAUUGAUGAUAAAAAUGUUGGAAGAUAGUAUUGGGCUGGCGUAAAAUUGAACUGAUUGUUAUAAAAUAACCUGAUAUGCCUUAGGAAACGUGUUGUUUUCUGUUUUGAGUUCGGAAACCCGGGUUUUAACCCACCUUUCCCACGCACUGCACUGGGAAAAUUGACGUGUUUUUGGCACGGUGCAGUAGGAAGGAGGGUUGAAAAUGAAAAAUUUAUCACGUUCUUUAUCAGACAGAAGGAAUUGGGAGAUAUUACGUGUUGAGAUUUUUUAUUUCGAGGGUGUUUUUUAUAUUGUACUUGGUAAAGGUUGUGAUUUUUUUAUUUUCAGCUCAUUACAACGCAUCCACCCCUGGCCGAGACUCCAAGAUGUACUCGGAAUUUGCCGCCACCUCUCCAUAUCCCAGAAGCAACUUUGAUAAUUACACGGAGAAGUCGACGUCAUCGGUUUCAGCGGCUCCGGCUAAAAUUGGUAAGUUUUUUUGGAGUUUGGAAUUUUUUAUUAUGAAAAUUUAUGUUGAAAGUUCGUAUUUUAAAAUAAUUUUCGGAUGUUUUUAAUUUGAUUUUUGCGAUUUUUUUGGUCGUAUUUUAGACAUGAAAAUCGAGAUUUUUUGAGAAUUUUUCUAUUCUUUUAGGAUUUUUUAUAAUUAUUUUUUCAUAUUUAAUCAUUUUUAGCCGAAUCCGACCUCCUGAAGGGCGAUUGGUGCCAGCCUGACUUGCUGGUCAAGGUGAAGGACAACUUUGAUGAUGACGAAGUGAAAGGUCUCACCGGAACCAUCACAAAACGCCUGGAUGGAGAGUGUAUGUGCUACUUUGAGGACCUGGAAUUCUCUGAUGAUUCGGCGGACAGAAAGAUUGCAUUCAAAUAUUUGCUUCCGGUGCCGCCGGCAGCUGGGGAUAAGGUGAGAUUUUUCAUAAAUAUUUGGUUGAAUCAGUGGAAAUUGAGUAGGAAAUUUAGGGGUGCAAGGUAAAUUACUUCUUGGGGGUUUUGUUGAGUAUAAAAAUAGAGAAAAGUAGGUCAUGAUGACGGAUUUUUUGGAAAUUUUUGGGGUUUUAGGCAACAAUUUAAUGUUUUUAUAGAAAAAUUGAUGGUUUUUUGAAAGUAAGGGGUAAUUUGUAGUGAGCGAGGUAAAAUACGAAGUUAGCAAUCGAUAUGAUUCAAAAAUUUCAUGAAAUGUGUCAUGAUGACGUAUUUUUUAGGAAUUUUUUGGGAUUUUAGGUAACAAUUUGAUGUUUUUGGAGAGAAACUGAUAAUUUUGUUGAGAGUAAGAGGUAAUUUGUAAUGAGCGAGGUAAAAUACGAAAUCUGCAAUUUUUCCAUCUUAAAAAUUUAAAAAAAAUAUGUCAUGAUGACGGAUUUUUUGGAGAUUUUUUAUUCAAAAAUUUUUUUAGGCCCGAAUUAUUUUCGGCGACGGAAACGGCAAAACGGGCGUGGUUGUCUCGGAGGACAACGACGACAUGGUGAUCCGCCUCGACGACAGCUCCAUCAAACUCACAUUCGCCGAAAAUGUCUGCAAAUUGGCCUAA